AUUCUAAAGUCUGCGUCUGUGAUGUCAAAGAGUAUGAGAGAUUCAAAAAAUAAAAAGAGUAGAUCUUCUAGUGUAUCAGUGAUUCGAAAGUUAGAGGAUACGGCUAAUGCUGGCGUAAAGAUUACAGAGGUACAACGUUUGUCUCAGUUAGAAGCGCUGCGCGUAGAAAACCAAACGAAAAUAUUUGCGUCCAUGUGUCCAGACGAAAUUCUUGAUCAUUACGAUGAUUAUGAUACUAGAAGUUAUCGCACAACCCUGAUGCUGGGAGAUGUUUCUGGCUUUACUGACAUGACCGAGAAGUAUACGAAAUCCGGCAAAGGUGGUCCCUCAAAAAUCACCGAGACUCUGAACAGCUACAUCGGCGCAAUGGUUCAGGAGAUUUUGUCUCACAACGGGGACGUGCUGAAAUUUUCGGGCGAUGCGUUUAUAGUCAUGUGGAAGCUCGAGGAUGGACAAGUGAUGAGAGAUAUUGCCUCCGAAGCUAUAAAAACUGCCUGCAUAAUACAGAAGCAUUUCGGGACAUAUGAGACCGAAGUCGAUGUUACCUUGAAAGUAAAAUUAGCAAUAGCAUCGGGCAAAACAUAUUUUACUUCCAUUGGCGACGCAGCAACGGCAUCAUACUACAUCAUAACCGGAAAACCGGUGUGGGAAGUUAAAUUUGCAGAGGGGCUAUGUCGUGGUGGAGAUAUUCUCGUUGCGCCAAGUUGCUGGCAGUGGGUCAAUCCAAACGAGUAUAUUUACGAAACGUUGCCCGAUGGAGUUCACACUUUAAUCGUUUCUUUAUCGGUGUUAUGGGACAAUGCCAAAGAUUCUUACACCGACGACAACAUAUCCAGCAGUUCAUCAAGUUCGAAUUCAGAUAUAUCUAAUUCGUCUAGCAGCAAUGACCCGUCUUUGACUUCGUCGCUCUUCUAUCGGUUCUCAGCUAUGAAUGAGAAAUCCUCCGAGAACACCACAGAUUACAGUCUUCGCCUCAAAGUCAUAAAAGCAGCCAAAGCCAAGAUAAACAAUGAGCUCCGAAGCUACAUCCAAAGACCGGUUAUUCGCUCCGUUGAAAUGGACGAACCGUUGGAGUACCUAACCGAAAUUCGCCAAGUUGUCAUUGUGUUUGUGAACAUCAUUACCGGGGAAAUGAAGAGAAAGACGCUCAUCAAACUUGUGAAUGGCGCUUUCUUAUUCGUUUGCAGCAUAGUCGGCGAAAUGCAAGGCUGCGUGAACAAAACGUCGCUCUUCGACAAGGACCUCAUCUUCCUCUGCAUCUUCGGCUUACGCGGCGACAAACACGAGCUGGAAUCGCAGAUAGGCUUGAGAUGCGCUUCGAAGCUGCGUCGAGGACUCGUCAAGUUCCAGCACGUCAGGUCGGUUACCGUUGGGGUCACUACGGGGAUGACGUACUGCGGUGUGGUGGGGCACAUGCUCAGGAGGGAAUACACCGUAAUCGGUAUGGCCGUCAAUAAAGCUGCGAGAUUGAUGUGCGCUUACGUUGACAAGGUUGUAUGCGACAGAGAAAGUUUUCUGUUAUCUCAUCUUGAAGCUAAGCAUUUCAUCCUGCAAGAAGCUAAACAUCUUAAAGGGAUCACCAACGUUGGACCGGUUUAUGAAUUCUCAGAACAAAUGACUUCCUCGGAUCAUGAGUUGAGCGUGAAUAAGUAUCCCAUACUUGGGCGUGACGCCGAACUAAAAACCUUUUACAAAAUGUUACAAAGGCUUCUCGGAACUUCAGAAGUUCAAGAAAAUACCGAUCAAGAUGAUGAGCACAAAACUAAUAUUUUGAUAAUAAGAGGUGAACCUAGAACGGGAAAAACGAGACUUCUCGAAGAAAUGAGCCACAUAACGCCUAAUCACGUGCCCGUAAACUACAUAUCACUAGCUCCUUACGAUAAUCAGCUACCAUACGUUUUACUCCGUUUGAUUUUCUACGUUCCUCUGGAAGUAUCCGAAGAUACACCCGGCAGAGAGAAGCAGAAAAAACUAUCGUCCUGCUUCACGGAGAACGAUCACUCGAAUUUGUGCUCCUUGAAUCACGUUUUCAAUGUCAACUUCAAAAUGGCAUCCGAGUACUCGAAACUCGACGGCAGAGCUAGAAGGAAAAAUCUGAAAAAACUGUUGGCCCACUUGACUCGCAAGUGUUUCAGCGUCCUGUGGGUCAUAAUAAUAGACGACGCGGAACUAGCCGACAACGAGUCGAUCUCGCUGUUUCGCACAGUAGCUAAGCUAAAGAACGUGUUUUUCGUACUUACUUAUGGAAAUAAACUGUCCCAGGCCUACACGAUUCCGUCCAGAAUCGCUAACGACGCUAAGAUCAUCGACCUUUUGGGUCUGGAUAAGUGGUACCACGCUGCUCUGGCUUGUCAAGUAAUGAACGUCCUUGCUAUACCAGCCGAUCUGGAAAAGGUGAUUCAAGAGAGAAGUUCGGGAAAUCCAGGAUGGAUAGAAAGUUAUUUGAUCAGUCUGCUUCAGUCGGCUGGUGUGGUUAUAAAAAGUCAGACAAGAAAGCAAAUCAUCGAAAUAGGACUCGUGGCUCCAUCGACAAACAUGCUAAAAAGGAUUUCAGAUGGUCAACCAUUCAGCGCUGCUGCUUCAUACCCCAGAAAGAUCGAUUGCAAUAACGUAUGGGAAAUGUAUCAGUCGAGUUUUAGAGACAGCACGACGGAUAGCGGAAAUGAUGGGGAAUACGACGAUGAAAGCUAUUACAACGUCUGCACGCUCACCUCUAACUUUGUCCUAGAAGAUAUCGAUACCGAAGCUACGAUCGACACCAUCUUGUUGAAGCUGUACGAUUCGUUGACGCCUCUGGAUCAAUUCUUGCUAAAGUGUGCGGCGGUCUUGGGAGAAAUCGUUGAUCGGAAAAUGCUAGAAAAGUUGAUGCAAGGAACUCCCGAGCGCGACAUUGGCAUAUCUCUCGUGAAGUUAUUCGAAUUGCGGAUUAUAGGCUGCGCAGUGGGCGACUUUAGUAGAAGUCCGGGGCCUGCUAUGCUAUUCAAGAGAGUUCACGAUCCGAAUCUGAAUAUUCAAGUGCGCUGUGGUUGUAGAGGGAUCGAAGUUCCAGAAGCUCUCGCAGAUUUGCCGAAUUACGCUUCUUGCGGCCUAAUGAGAUUUAAACUAAACAUGUUCCGCGAAACGACCUACAGAUUACUCACGGAAAACCAAAAAGUAGAGUUCCACAGCAAAGCGUUGAGGUAUCUGCAGCAGAACACUCGCCGAUGCGCCUCGUGCGGGGGUGGACAGUUUAACAGACUUCUCGGCGAAUCGGCGCUGAACGAGAUCGGUAUGGGAAAGGGUAAAAAGGCCGAUUCCGCCAGCAACGAGCUGCGCUCUUCGCUGGUCAGUGAAACCGAGGAGGCGAUUCGAGAUUUCAACGCAGCGAGAGCGGAGAAUAAUAAGGCAGCCGAAAGCAGCAGCAGCAGCAGCAGCAGCAGCAGCAGUAGCAGGAGCUUGUCGCUGUUCCAGAUGUGCAGACCGAUCGAAAAAUCGCCGACUCGCACCUUCUCCAGCCAGGAUUUCACCGACUGCGAGUGUGAUCUGCGUCUACUGACAGCUUACACUCACGUUAUGGAACACUGUCGUGGAAUAGGCGUGAAAACACUACUCUUGGUAGCGAUCCUGGAGUUCGUCGAGGUGUGCUUGUCGACGCUCAACAUUCCGCAGGCAACCAAGUUACUGGCCGAAGGCGACGAGCUCGUCGAUACGAUAUACAGCACGGCAGAGGACGAGCUAAUCGUUCUGCCAUACCUGAAAGGCAAGAUCCAGACUCUGCGGGGUCGAUGCUUUCUCGAGAGCGGCCUCAUCGCCGAGGCCAUGAAGUGCUUCGAGGCUAGCACGAGAAUCAUGCACUACAGCUUCCCCACCAAUUCAAUUCUCAUAAAAUUGAAAUCGGUUUAUUUGUUGGAGCAGCAGAGGCUCGCGCUGACUUGUCUCAGGAGCUUCAAGGUCGGAGUGAUCGAUGGCGACGCCGCUAAUUACAACGACCAAUUCGCCAGCUGUCUGGCGCAGAUGUUUAUAGUUUAUCGGUUGAAGGGAAUGCCGGAACACGCGAGAUUAGCUGCGAUCUGGGGAUUGAAUGUGGCUCUAGAAUCGAGCAAGGAUUUUUUUGUUCUGUGCACGUCGUAUGCGAAUAUGAUGAUUACGGCUCACAAUUACCGAUACACAUCGAUAAUACCGUCUUUGGAGACGGACGCCAUAAAUCUGUGCAACGAACGCAAGGACUCGAUAGAACUUGAAGAACUGAACGCCGUCGCCGAACUGUACACGCGAAUAUUCUUCUCGCGCUGGCUGCGAGGACUGACAGAGGAGGCGAGCAGCAUCGGCUUCAUCGCUGCCAGACUAGCUCACGCGAUCAGAUCGAUCAAUCUGAAAUUAAUAAUUCUGCCGCGACUGGUCCAGCUGCUGAUCAGCAAAUGCCGCUACGGCGAAGCCGUUUCGAUGCUGCAGGAAUUGGAAUUUAUAUCGCACAACGACAUGGACCAAUCUGGUCGAACUUGGUACUGCGCGCUCUGCAUGGACCUCUUACUGGAAUCGGGCAUCUCCGUCCUCACCCUGACAGACUGCGAACAAUUUUACCAACAAGAGAGUAGCAAAAUAAUGAACCUGCGCGAUUCUGAGGCUGCUAAGCGAUUCUUCACCUGCAUGUGGCUAUGGUACGUCAGAAUUGGCGACUGGGAGGCUGCUGCUGUCUGGAGAAGCAGAAAGGUAGAGAUGAGCCUGUAUACGAUCUAUACGCGACUGAGUUUAUCCGUUUCAAUAUAGUGCGACGAUGGCAUCUUGGACGAGUACACCGUAACGGCAGCCGUGACCCUAUUGAAGAAACUAGAGGGCUUGAUCAUAUGUUAUGUUUUCAAAAUAGACAACAAAAAUGCCCGGGACGCUCUGC